CUGGCACCCUUGGCGUGACAUCACUUCCGGCAGAGAUGUCCCAAGUUCGGCCCCUCCUUCCACACGGCAGGGAUCUCGGGCCGGGCAGCCGGGCAGAGACAGGCUGAGGCGGGGAGCAGCUGCUUUUGGGGCGGGGGUGUCACGUGAGGCUUCUCGCUGCCGAGGGAGGAGGUGAAAAGCGGCAGUUAAGGAGAGUCCGGUUUAACCGUCACCGUGAAGCGCGCUCGUUCGGGAUCGCGGAGUGGGCUGAGAUAGUGAAUUCCUAAGAAGAAAAUAAUGAAUUGCAUAUUAGUUGUUCUCUAAGUGGACUCAACAGUGUGCAAGCUUGUUGCAAAAGCCAAGAGAAGAUGGCAACUCCUUAUGUCCCAGUUCCUAUGCCCAUAGGAAACUCUGCUUCCAGUUUUACGACCAACAGAAAUCAAAGAAGUUCUUCUUUUGGCAGUGUCUCAACAAGCUCAAACUCUUCUAAAGGCCAGUUAGAAGACGCCAAUAUGGGUAAUUUUAAACAGACAAGUGUUCCUGAUCAAAUGGAUAAUACUUCACCUGUCUGUAGCAGUCCCCUCAUUAGGACUAAAUUUACAGGUACAGCUUCUUCCAUUGAGUAUUCUACUAGACCAAGAGAAACUGAAGAGCAAAAUCCGGAAACAGUGAUUUGGGAAGAUAGACCAUCUACACCUACUAUACUGGGUUAUGAAGUGAUGGAAGAAAGAGCUAAAUUUACUGUGUACAAAAUACUAGUAAAGAAAACCCCAGAAGAAAGCUGGGUAGUUUUCAGAAGAUACACUGACUUCUCUAGGCUUAAUGACAAAUUAAAAGAGAUGUUUCCCGGUUUUCGACUAGCACUUCCUCCAAAACGCUGGUUUAAAGACAAUUACAAUGCCGACUUUUUAGAAGAUAGACAGUUAGGAUUACAAGCGUUUCUUCAAAAUUUAGUAGCUCACAAGGACAUUGCUAACUGCCUUGCAGUGAGAGAAUUUCUUUGUUUGGAUGAUCCACCGGGUCCAUUUGAUAGCCUAGAAGAAAGCAGGGCAUUCUGUGAAACUUUAGAAGAGACUAACUACCGCUUACAGAAAGAACUACUUGAAAAACAAAAGGAGAUGGAAUCACUAAAGAAACUGCUCAGUGAGAAGCAACUUCAUAUAGACACUUUAGAGAACAGAAUCAGAACAUUGUCUGUAGAACCUGAAGAAUCACUGGAUGUGUCAGAAACAGAAGGUGAACAGAUCCUAAAGGUGAAGUCCUCUGCACUUGAGGUUGAUCAGGAUGUCCUGGAUGAAGAAUCUAGAGCUGAUAGUAAACCAUGCUUAAGUUUUAGUGAACCUGAAAAUGCUGUAUCAGAGAUAGAAGUAGCAGAAGUGGCAUAUGAUGCUGAAGAAGACUAAUAUAUCACAAGCAGUUCCCUCCAUUUAGACUAUUCAGCAAAUUUAGAAGAGUGGCAAAUACUAUUUUAAAAGAAAAAAAGAACUGCAAAACAUAUAGAAAAGAGCAAGAAUGCACAUGUAUGAAGUUUACAUAAAGAAUUGUUUUAAGUUAUUGAGAUAGGAAAUAUAUUCAUUGCUGCUUUUAAUUGUAUUUUAUCGAAUUAUAUUUAAUACACUAAAAAAAAAUCUUGUUAGAAUUCUGUUAUCAAGGCCCACAUUCUUAAAUACUGUGCAUAAAUUAUUAUGGUGUUUUGCCUAUAUAUUGCUCCAAACUACUGUGUAUAUAUGUAUCUGUGUUAAAUCACCAAUUAUAUUAAUCAAAUGGAAAUUAAUUGCAUGUUACUAUCUGGGUGAUAUAUUCUUCUUUAUAUCUCUGACAUGACAUAUUUUCAUUAAUGGUUUAAAUCGGUGACCAUCAUAGUAAGGAUAAAAUUUAGUUGAGUUUUUAAUGUUUACGUGUUUACCAUCUCUAAAUAAAAUUUGCUUAUUUGAAAUGUUAAUGCUCUUUAGAAAAAAAAAAUGACUUUCUAGUACCAAAGGAAAACUACUUGAAAGAGCUGUAAUCGUAUAGCUAACAUGAUAAGAAAGCCUUGAUUUUAAAAGCUGAUUCAUUAAUGUCAAAAUACUUUAAUAAGUGUCAUGGUUAUUAAUAUGUUGCAUUUGUUUAGUUUCCACAUAAUCUUUAUCUCUACCUAGAUUUAGUGAGUUUGCCUUUUUCAGAAUACUACCUCCUUUUGUUAAGGCAUAUUCUUUUGAAAAUAUAGAUUCUAUAUAAAUAGGGGCUUAUACAAAAAAAAUAAAAAGCCAUAUAUACUGCAAAGUUCCUAACUGGCUUGACUCCUGACAUUGCAUUUUUAUUUCUAUUUAUGUGAAGAUGUUAUUAUACUCUAUUAUGACUGGUUUUCUUUUUAAUAUAUUUAGCCAAGUGAUGCACUUUAUGAUCAUUAAACUCUUUUGUGCCAAGUUUAAUUGGUGGAUUUCUUUAGUAAGUAGAGUUAGGAGAAAGAAUUAUGUAGUGCCUUUACUAUUUCACUUUCUACAAAAGUCUCCUAGGGUCUAUGGGUCAGCUUUAUGAAAAAAUGUUUGUUUAUUUCAGGUUUGUGUACAGUCAUUGAAAGUGCCUUGUUUCAUUUUUAUAGUGUGAAGUUAUUUAUUUUCCGUUUUCACUGUUUUGCAUAUUGCUGUUAAUAUGCAUUGUAAUCAUGCUGGCAUUUUGCAAUCCCAGUCGGUAUGCUUUCUAAAAACUGAGGGAAACUUACUGGAGAAGUAGAAUAACAACCUCCAUUUUUUUCUUUACUAUCUAAAAGUUUAUCAGUAUCUUGAUGUAUAUAUUAAGGUGUGGCUGUUUAAAAUUCUACUGACAUAUAUCAACACAUCCAAUGGCUGUUGUUAACCUUUGGAGUAAAAAGGAGAUAACUUUUUACCAAAUAACCAAAAAUUUGUAGUCUUUAUCAAAGUGCACAGGUAUGCUCUCAGAAUAUUUUUCACAAUGUAUAUUAGAAAUAUGUUUGCUAUCCUUAGAGACAGAAAUGAAUAUAACAAGUUGAUCUGCUUAUUUAUUAAAAUUACUAUUCUAGACUUGCAAAAGGCUUAAAAAGAACAAUCAUUUAAUCAGUACAAUUCUGAAUCUUAUAUAACAGAUCUUUGCCAAAUUCUAGAUAUUAUAGUGUUGCCUGUCUGUUCUAAAGUGAACCACCCACUUUUUCAAUCUGGCUUUUUGGAAGAUUGUAUUUAAAGUUCUGCAAGGAUGAAGAAAAAAAUCUGUUAAUUAGGUAAACCACUAUUAUUUAUAUUUAUAAUUUACUUUUUUUUACUUUUGUAAUGUAUUUUACUCCCAGUAUUAUGUUCAUUUAAUAAAUUAUUUUUUCACUACAACA